GUCAUCACCGGGUGUCGUCCUCAGUCCGCGCCGAACUGGUCCCCUGGCAGCUGAGAUGUCAGAACAUCUGAUGUUCGCUUGUUUUAGAUCGAGUGUGAGUCACCGGGAAUAACAGAAACACGUAGAACACCGCAGAAUUGAACCAGAGGAAGCGAAGCAGCGACUCGCUGUGAUUUACAGACAUGGGGGCUCUGAUAUCCCGCUGGAAGGCAAAGCCGACCACAGUGGAGCAGCUUGAGAGCAUAGACAAGGAGAUAAAAGACCUGGAGGAGUUUAGAGCCAAAAACCAACGGCUGCAAAAGCUGUGGAUCGGCCGGCUGCUUUUCUAUUCAUCGGUCCUCUACCUGUUUACCUCUCUGGUUGUUUACCUCCUCUACCUGCCUGAACAAUGGCUGCAGAGACUGGCCAUGGCCCUGCCCUUCUUCUUAUACCCUGUGCUAGUGUGGCUCAUCAGGAAAUUAUUGAUUUUCCUCUUUUGUAAACGCACUGAGAGAAACAAUGAUAAACUAGAAGACCUCAAGGUUUCCAAGAAAAAGAUUCUCGAGGACGUGAUGGAAACUGAGACGUAUAAAAAUGCCAAAGUCAUCCUGGAGCGCUUCGAUCCCGAAGCGAAGAGGAAGGCUGAGCUGGAGUCGACCCCAGUGCGUCCGCAGAUGACUCCCAGGCCAGGACAAGAGAUUCGACAAAGAGGCGUGGCAAUGAGACCCAUGCCAAUGGGUACCCCAGGUCCCAUGGCAAUGACGCCCCAACCUGGAGCCCGGCCCCCAUUGGGACCCGGGGGCACACCUGUGGCUCCAGGAGGACCACCAGAGAGAUCUGCUUUGUCUGGCUCAGUCCUGCAUGGGGCACUACCAAGGACCCCCUGCUCUCCUAUACCGGGUGUAGGCAUGCACCCUCCAGGUCCUCCAUUAGCCAGACCGGUCCUACCCAGAGACAGAGGAGCUGUGGACCGAGUCAUCGAGUACCUGGUGGGGGACGGACCACAGAACAGAUACGCAUUGAUCUGCCAGCAGUGCUUCUCUCAUAAUGGCAUGGCUCUGAAAGAGGAGUUUGAAUACCUGGCCUUCCGCUGUGUGUAUUGCUACUUCCUGAAUCCGGCCAGGAAGACGCGUCCUCAGGCGCCGCGGCUUCCAGAGUUCAGCUACGAGAGGAAGCUGCGAGCUGAGACACGCUCCCCUGGACCAUCACCUCGUUCUGGGACGGACACAGAGGAGAGUGCGCCCCCCUCUGGAGUCGUUGAGAAAAGAGCCAGCAGAGAUGAGAAGGAGGUGGGAGAAGAAGAAGUAUCCACUAAAGAAGAAGUACUGCGUGAGAGCCAAUCACAGGAGAAGCUGCAUCAUGAGGAGGAAGCCGUUCAUGAGGAGGAAGAGGAGGAAGAGGAGGAGGAGGUGGAGGAGGUAGAGGCGGUGGAGGCGGUAGAGGAGGUAGAGGGGGAAGAGGGGGAAUCGAACCCGUGUCACGGCGCCCCCUGUGAGGCAGAAUCUCAGCCAUCAUAGCUGCAGAGAGUCCAGACGAGGACCAGGGCUGUGACCCCCUGUGGAGACGAAGAUUGAUUGUAGUUUUUAUCUUGAGGCUGUUUCCUGAUAAAGAAGCUGAGGCUGGUUUCUAGUUUUGCUCAACAUUUGGUUACGAGGUGAUGAACUGAAUAAGUUUUAACAUUCACACUGGAUUUUAUUGUGUUUUAAGUAGUUUGCUGCUUUAAGAUGUGUUAAGAGUUCAGAUAAACCUGCUGGUUCACGAAGGGUCUGUGUUCAGAUGCUCAAAUCUUGUGUCUUUUCACUUUGAUCACAUGAGUUGUGUUGAUGGUUUUGUUUGUGCAUUUGAAGACAAACCGUUAGUGAAUCAGAACGUCACUGUUUGUGUUUACACCACUAAGUGUUUGUUUCCACUCAUAGUUUUAGUCUCUCGAGCUUUUAUCCUAAUGCUGAAACACUGAGGAGAACUUUGAUUUAUGUUUGCGUGUGUUUUUCAUGACGUUUGAGCAGCUCGUCUCAAACAGGAAGUAAAUGGCGAUACGAACAAUAACUCCCCCGUUGGUGCGUUGAAACAAUAUUUGCACUCAGAUGCUUUGCUGCAGUUUUUGGCCAAAAAAGAUCAGGAAGUAAAAUAAAAAAAUGACAUCACAAGUGAAAGGAGGAAACGAACCAGAUAAACCAGAAUCUGGUUGUUGGGUUUUUCUCCGUGUUUACAUUCUAUUGCUGGAUUUUAUUGAAGAUCAACGGCAAAUGUUUUUACUGUGCUCCACACAAUAACUGAACUCAGAUCAGCCCGUGGUGGCAGGAGAGAGGACAUUUAUCUCAGGUGGAGAAGCUUGUACCUCAGGUUUGUCUUCUGAUCGCUCGUUUCAUCGUCCAGGAGAGAGAGACAUGUCCACUAAGGAGGUUUAAUGAACAAUUUGAUUUUUAGUUUAUUCUAAUCGAUUAUUUUUGAAGUUGAUUUUCUUUGCGAUGGGGCCUGAGCGGAUUUAUUACCUUAAGGAUUUCAUUUGGGUUUUUGAGCAACAGUAAAGGAUCAAAUUAUCACCACAGCUGACGAUGUAUGUACGUUUCAUUAUAAUUUUUUGCCAAAUGCACAGCUGUCUUAUAUGAAUUUGACAUAAUUUGCACUGAAUUUCUCUUUAUAUUUAUUCGGCCGUAUUUCUUUCCGGUUUUGCUCCGAUGUUUGAAACAUGUCACGUUUAUCUAACACAAGUAUUUUGGUAUCGGCCUGGUUUGGGUUGUGUCGCCUCAGGAUGCUGAAGACAAGUGUGUGUGUUGAAAUAUUUAUUCUUUGUGCGUUCAUUAAUUUACGUGUUUUAAAUGUGCCAUCCGACUGCUGGUGCCUUGGUUGCUGCUUGUAUAUUAAUUUUCUCACAGUGAAAUCUGUCCAAUGUCAACAUUGAAGUAAGAAGCGUCGAGAACUAGUGACAACAGAUUAUUCUUGUUAUUAACGUAACAUAAAAUAUGACUUGCUGUCGGGUUCCCACACGGAUUAAAGACUGUGGAGGUGAUUCACAUUUUCCUUCUUUUCAUUCCCCGGUUUCUUAUUUGGUCACUUUCUCUGUUCCUCUUCUUCGACGCCUCAGACUAAGAGUUAAACUUUUCUCACAGCUAGCGGCUAACAUCGUGUUACUUUGAAUAGUUCAAUGUAAAUAUGUUGUAUCUCCUGUGUCGUCUCGUCCCAGAAACGCAGGUUUAACAAGCAAAAUAUUUCCACAUACACAAAGAAGUUCCUUUGAGUGUGUUUCUCAUUAGUUGUUGAUCUCAGCGAACCCUGAAUCAUUUGGGAUCAACUUUGCCGGGACGGUUUGUACGAGCAGCAGAAGGUUUGAGUCCAGAGGAGAGACGAUGGACUGAAGCUCAUCCGUCCCCACAGCUGGACAGUUAGUCUCCUCCUCAUUAUUUCCCUGCACGAAGCAGCUGAUGUUUCCUGAAGCUGUUGCAUCGCGCUGCCUGUCCCACGUUACUGAUUUGUGUUUAACUGGUACUUCUCUGCCAAUGCUGGUUGUCAAGUAUACGCAUGGCACGACUAAUAAAGUUUUUUAAGCAACCAAAGAA